AUGGUCCAGGAAGGCCUGCCGCAUACUGUCAAAUGUGUUGAUGGUGCGGGGGUUCAGCCUGUAAAACCAAUUCAGGGCCGCGCCACUGAGAGUGGAAGGGAAGAGGAGGCACAUGCCUUCGUCAGUGAGGCCCUUGCACCCCAGGGCAGACUGGAAAGAAUGUAUGUGGUUGAGAGGAUCCUUCGUGCUAGUGUAGAAGGCGAUGCAGAGUGGCUGGAUGUCCUUCUCCUAAUGGUAAUUAAGGAUACGUUCAGUAAAGGGCCCAAGUCGUGGCUUUGCCCAGAGGGGUUGGUGGUUGCGCUGCUGCUCGCUCUCCAGGCGCCGGACUUUCUCAAAGAGAAGCCUCAUUGCCGGGUCGGUAUGAGGGAGAGUCUCGGUGUGUAG